UACAGCACAGCCCGUUUUGGUUGUUAAAAUACAGACUGAAUCUGUGAUCCCUGCAAUCAUGUCGAAAGAUUUUAGGUUGUUGGUUAAAAACGCGAAACAAGUAGUUCUUGUUUGUACUAAUGGUGAAAAAUUCCUAACUGGAAAAGAAAUGCAGAAUAUAGCAGUGAUUGAAAAUGCAAGUUUGGUCAUCGGAAAAGAUGGUCUUUUGAAAGCAGUAGGAUCUGUUGACAGAAUUGAUUCUCAGUUUAAGGGGGCAUCCUUUGAAACAAUAAUUGAUGCCUCUGGAAUGUGUGUCACGCCAGGCUUGAUAGAUGCACACACUCACCCAGUUUGGGCAGGAGACAGAGUUCAUGAAUUUGCAAUGAAGUUGGCAGGUGCCACCUACAUGGAGGUUCACCAGGCAGGGGGAGGGAUCCACUUCACAGUGGAGCACACCAGGCAGGCCUCGGAGGCAGAGCUGCUGACCAGUCUGAAGCAGCGCUUGCUGCGGAUGCUCAGGACUGGAACCACGCUGGUGGAGUGCAAGAGCGGAUACGGUUUAGAGCUGGACACCGAAGUGAAAAUGUUGAGUGUGAUAGAGCAGGCUCGCAAGGACCUGCCCAUCGGCAUCUCGUCCACUUACUGCGGAGCUCACUCUGUGCCAAAAGGAAAAACUGCUGCUGAGGCAACAGAUGAUAUUAUAAAAGUUCAACUUCUUAAGCUAAAGGAAAAGAUGUCCAAUGGUGAACUCCAUGUUGAUAAUAUAGAUGUGUUCUGUGAGAAAGGUGUAUUUGACCUAAAAUGCACCAGAGCCAUCUUGCAGGCUGGGAAGGAUAUGGACCUUCAGAUUAACUUCCAUGGCGAUGAACUUCAUCCAAUGAACUCUGCAGAGCUUGGCGCAGAACUAGAAGCAUUAGCUAUCAGUCAUCUUGAGGAAGUGACUGACGAUGGAAUUGCUGCCAUGGCCAGAGCUAAAUCAUCAGCUGUCCUGUUACCAACCACUGCCUACAUUCUAAGACUUAAGCAACCCCGAGCAAGAGACAUGCUAGACGCUGGAGUUAUUGUUGCUCUGGGGAGUGACUUCAAUCCUAAUGCCUACUGCUGCUCUAUGCCCAUGGUCAUGCAUUUGGCCUGUGUCAACUUGAAGAUGUCCAUGAAGGAGGCAUUAGCAGCCGCCACCAUCAAUGCUGCCUAUUCUUUGGGAAAAUCCCACACCCAUGGUUCUCUUGAGGUGAACAAGCAAGGAGACCUUGUCAUCCUUAAUUCAUCACGAUGGGAACACUUGAUUUAUCAGUUUGGAGGUCAUCAAGAGCUUAUUAAAUUUGUAAUUGUUAAAGGAAAGGUUGUGUAUGAAAAUGACAGAACUGUGGAUUACUGAGCCUUAGCCACAGCCUGUGCACAUGCACGCGUGCUGUACAGAUAUACUACUAUAUUACACACGAUACAUCAGCUUGAGUACACGCUAGUCAGCUUGAGUUUUCUUAUCUUAACCUGCUAAAUGGACUUUCAGAAGCAAUUCACAAAAGGCAGAAGGUUAGGUAUACAGCAAAUGCAGUUUGAAGUUCAAGGACACAUAUUUUAGAAUUAUUUUUUUAGCUUCUGUCAAACAGUAGGCAAGCACUAAUGCAGAUAAAGCAGACAGUGGGAUUUCCUGUGCUUACUUUACAAUAAUAUUUUACAAUAAAAGUUUUCAGAGCAGCUGGUAGUAAAUGAAAAGCAAUGCCUUUCCACAGCCUCAAUACUUGGUUACAUUUGAGUCUUAUUAGGUUUUCCUUUUUUAAUAAAUAAAUCAUUUUAAAACAAA